CUGACAGAGAAAUUCUGUUAUCAGUUCCCGCGUAAAAUCAGUUAGCAGCUAGGUAAAUGACUUGUCAAACAAACGCGAUUAUCAUUAAAUUCAGUUUGGCUUAGUUGCACCGGGCUCUCUUAAUCCGCUCAUCGCCUUAAUUAUAAUCCAUCUUCUUCCUUCCUUUCCUUCAAUCAUCUCUACCGUCUGCAAUUUCAGCUCCCCGGCUAUUGCAAUCCUUCACCUGGAUUUGCAUUAGCCGCGGAGUUGUCAUCACCAACAAAGGAGCAAAAGCUUCAAAUUCGUCAAAUCAUGGAUCGCGAACACAACAAUGUCCCGCGCCCAAACAGCCACCAUCCCACGACCAGCGGUGACGACAACAGCAAUCGUCACCGCCAUCGUCAUGCCGUCACGAGCAGUGACGUGGAGGGUUCGGUCAUCAGCAGCUCCGCCGACUCUUCUUCCCCGCCCCGACCCCCGACCUCCCCGACCGCCGGCUGUGCAGUACCCGGCUACGACCCGAAUCGGAUCCCGUCCGGCGUCUUCGCGUCCAAGUCGGGGAACGGGAUCGAAUGGAGCACGGCGUCGAACGAGUCCCUGUUCAGCAUCUACAUGGGCAACAACAGCUUCUCCAGGGACCAAAUUGCAAUGAUGUAUAAAUCCGGGGAGCUCCCCAUGCUCGAUCAAGAUUAUUACGCCGCCCUUCCCCCAACGCCGGCGGCCAGGACAACGAACAACCAACCACCUUCUUCCCUCUCCGCCGCCACAUGGCAGCCUCCCCUGCCUCCUCCUGCCAAUCAGCCCAUCAACAAUAUCAAUAUCAUCAACAUUCACGUCCCAGCUAAUCCUCCGCCGAGUAAUAAUAUCACCAUUAACGUCCCUCAGGAGGUACAGCUGCCUAAUCCUCCAGCGACCGCAGCCGCCCCAGUUGCGAGCACGCAGUCAGCUGUCAGUUCCCUUAAUCGGAAUUCCACCUCCAGCAGCAGCAAUAAUCGGAACUCGACCAGCAGCACCAAAUCUUUCCAGUUCCCAAUAUUGCAGAACGAACAAAUGGGAAGAAACAGUACAAGGAAAGUGGAAGCAGAGCAGAAGGCUGCAGGGGAGAAGAAGGCAGCGGUGGCAGAGGAGCCAAAUGAAGCGGAGACUCGUCAGAACGAAAAACAGGCGGAGGAGCAACAACAACAGCCGGAGCAGCCGGUGAAGACGACGACAGAAGAACCUCAAAGCACGACGUGCUGUAAGGUCACGGCGGCGGCAAAGAGCUGGAUGUGUUGCUUGCCCUGUUUCUCCAGGUCCUCUUCAUCAUGAGUUCAUAAACUUCAAAUUUUAGAAGCUCAUUUCUGACCCUGUUUCGGACAUAUGUUGUACCAAACAGCCUAUAUAUGUGUUUUUAUUUAAAACCUUAUUGGUAUUUCACUGACAAAAGAAUUUGAGUGUAAAUCUAAUGUAUUUAUGUACCAAACUGUCUCCAGUUUGUGAUUAUGUUCAACGACUAUCAUCAUGCAUACUACGUAGUACAAGUAAUCGAUAUGCUUUGCUGG